UGGACUCAUUUCAACGAUUGUGAGCUUGUUGUAGGUCAAAGGAAAAACAUUGUUUGGGAAAUAUUGACACCAGCUCAGCCGGAAAAGAAGGCAAAUAAAAAAAACUGAUUGACCACCGGGUCUCUUAAUCUUCACCGAAUAUGUAUUAUUGAGAGUCGGUUUGCAACUUUUAAAUCCAGAUAUCUCAUGUCCUUAAUGCUGCAUAAUGCUUACAAAUGAUAUUGGAAAAUAAUGCGGCGGACCUUUAACGAUGAAUCUAACUAGAAUCACUGCAGGAAAAAAUGUUCGUUUCUGUCCAACAUUUCUCAUGUGCCCACCUUAAUCUUAGUUGCUCAGAUAUUGCUAACAAGAGAAAUGAAGGAACGAUUCCCAGUCAAUACUGCCUUGUAAAUGUACCGGCAAUUGCUCCCGCCGUCCCCUCAUGAUUGGAUCUCUGCCAGAGCCAAAAGGUUGAUUUGUCUCCAUUCAAUGGAUUUCUCUUACGUCCAUGCCUCAAUCAGGGCAUUUGAGGGUGGGUGAAAAGCUCGGUGGAAAUUCAGUCGGCUGAACUCCUUCGAUCUGAAAUGAUCUCUCGCCAAGAAAUUUUCUGUCUUCUUUUGGCGGCCACUUGUCUGGUCAAUGGCGAACCAGAGCCUCGAAGACGGGCCAAGCUUGUCUCUGGUUUGGAGAAUGAUCAACCUAUUGGAAGCAAUACGAACAAUAACCAGACCGGUAGCUCCAGAGAAGGCAAAGUGUUUUCACUCUUCAAUGUUGUGCAAUUCCGAAAUGGUGGUUGUCGGAGUACCAGCACGAUCAGCGGUGGAGGAACGGGAUCCACCAAUCGAAAUGGAACUUGCUUUACCACGGACGAAUGCACCAGCAGAGGAGGUUCGGCUUCAGGAUCCUGCGCUGCUGGAUUUGGCGUGUGCUGUGUGUUUUUGGUGAGUAAUUCCGGAGGCACAAUCACUCAGAAUUGUACAUACGUCCGGAAUCCGGACUUCCCCAAUUCUUACGCCACAAGCUCUCAAAUCUCGUACAACAUUCAAAAAUGCGACAGAAGUGUGUGCUCCCUCAGAUUGGAUUUUGAGACCUUCUCCAUUCAAGGAACGGGCAACAGUUUAGAGGUGGACACUGCUCUUGUGCCUUUGGACCCCGGCGGUGUUUGUUUGGACACUUUUACCGUUUCUGUGAACACUGGUCAAAACAUUCCCACCAUUUGUGGACAAAACACUGGCCAACACAUGUACGUGGAUAUUGGCAAUUUGGCUUCUGAUACUGCUCAAUUGAACUUUGCCUUCAGUGGAUCCAGUAACAAUCGUCAAUGGGAGAUCAAAGUCACGCAAAUCCCUUGCAACACUCAAGGACAUCCUAAUGGAUGUGGCUGCCUUCAGUAUCUCACCGGUUUGACAGGUCGUCUCACCACCUUCAAUUUCAUGCCCACCAACGACAACCAUUUGGCCAAUCAAGAAUACUCAAUCUGCAUUCGUCAAGAGGCCGGAUUUUGUUGCGUUGAGUAUACUCCUUGUGCCGACAUUGGUUCCUUCAGUUUGGAUACGAAUAAGAUGCUUAUGAUGGCGAAGAUCGAAACCGAAUGCUCGGUUGACUAUAUUGGAAUUGAGGGAGGACAAGGGACGUGUUCUGGAAGUGCUAAUCCAACCGCUGGCGUUAAUAAAUUUUGUGGCGACAAAUUCAACAGUCUUUCCAAGCAAAUGUUCGAUGCUCCAGUUUGUGAUUGCACCGCACCAUUCCGAGUGGACAUCUUCACGGACGAUGACGUGGACGUGGGAGACAUGGGAGCAACGGCCAAUACAAAACCCUCGCGAGGCGUGUGUUUGGAAUAUCGUCAAAUUCCUUGUUAGUUGGAGCAAAGGACAAUUUUCAACCGGUCAUUGAAGUCUAAGGCAUGAGAUAUGACAAAGAGCACGCAUAGUCAGUGGAUUCAUUAUCAAUUUGUUUGAUUUUAAUUACAAUAAAAAACUUCGAGGUUAC